CCCUCUCUCUCUCUCUCUCUCUCUAAUAAUCAGCCCUCUCUCUCUCUCUCUCUCCCUCCCUCCAUGGCUCCUCCUGUCUAUCUGAACUCGCCACCUUCACCUUUUCCACUGAUAGAGCUAAAAGAAGAUCAUCAUCAACAACAACAGAUGCAAUUAUUCACUAGUACUGGUAGUGGUACUCCACAACAUCAAGCCUCAUCUUCACUGUCAUUCCCUAUUUUCUUCAACAUAACUCAAGAUCAGAGAGCAAGUCAUGAUCACUUCAUAGAGCCCAAGAAGGGUACUCAUGAGUACAUUUUGGACGUUGGAUCAAGCGAUAUUCAUCGAGUACCGCCACCAGCUUAUCCGAUUCAUCCAACGGUUGUAAGUGCUAAAGACAACAAUGGAAUAUCCAGUUGCAAGCUUGAGGAUGAAUCUGAAGAUAAAAGAGAUUACGAAUCAUCGAAAUGGAUGAUGCCUAAAAAGAUCAGGAUAGUGCAAAAAAUGAUGAACACGGCCGGAAGUACUCAUGAUCAGAAGAAACAAGAGAGAAUCAUAAAGAUCAAAUUUCCUGAUCUAGAGAAAGACAAAUGCGAAAUAGAUUCUCCGAGCCAUGGUGGAAACGUACUGGUUCGAAUUUGCUCAGAUUGUAAGACAACAAAAACCCCUCUUUGGAGGAGUGGUCCUCAAGGCCCCAAGUCACUAUGCAACGCAUGCGGGAUACGGCAGAGGAAGGCAAGACGGGCCAUGUUGGCUGCAGCAGCAGCAGCUGCCAAUAGUGCGGUCCUUACGAUGGAGAAUUCGACGACAAGGACCGAAUUAGUGCCAAAAAAGGAAAAGAAAUCGCGUUCGAGCUACCAUGUGGUACCGUAUAAGAAACCAUUUGGCGUUACUAGUCCUCAAGGCGGCCGGGAGAGGAUUUCGUUCGAGGAUUUCGCAUUGAGCAUGAGUAAGAGUUUGGGUCUUCGACGAGCAUUUCCAAAGGAUGAAGAAGAAGCCGCCAUCUUGCUGAUGGCACUAUCUUGUGGACUACUCCAUGACUAGAUUUAUUUCCUCAAGUUCCAAUUUUAAUUGUGUUCUUGAAGCUAGCUAGCGACGUAGAGAGAGAGAGAGAGAGAGAGAGAGAGAGAGAGAGAGAGUUGUAACGGAUUAGAUCUCAGUGGAUGUAGCGAGACUAGCGACGUACUAAAUGUGUGUGGCUUUGUUCUUUCUUGAUAGUCUUGAUAAAUGAACAAGAUUAAUAAAAAUAACUUAUUUAAGGUUUUUCACACCA